AUGAGCAGCUAUCAGCUACCGGUGGUGAUCGACAACGGCUCCGGGGUGCUCAAGGCAGGCCUGGCUGGGUCGCGCGAGCCCCAAUUUAUCUACCCGAACAUCAUUGGCCGCUCCAAAAGUCACACCUGGUCUGCGGAGAAGUCGCUGGAAACGUGCGUGGGUGACCAAGCGCAACGUCGAAGAAGCUCAUUGUCCAUCAGCUACCCAGUGGAGCGUGGUCUCAUUAAUUCCUGGGCGGACAUGGAAAGCAUGUGGAAGCACAUAUAUGAUUAUAACCUGAAAGUAAAGCCCUGUGAACGCCCAGUUCUGAUUACCGAACCAGCACUGAAUCCUUUGGCCAAUCGGCAACAAAUCAUCGAAGUGUUUUUUGAGCGCCUGGAAGUUCCUGCCUUCUACAUGUCCAUCCAGGGGGUGCUGGCUCUCUUUGCUGCUGGCUUUACAACUGGCUUUGUGCUGAAUUCAGGUGCUGGCAUUACUCAGAGUGUACCCAUCUUUGAGGGGUACUGUCUGCCUCAUGGUGUACAGCAGCUAGAUCUGGCAGGCCUUGACCUCACCAACUACCUUAUGAAGCUGAUGAAGGACCAUGGCAUCAUGCUGUUCAGUUCUGAGGACAGAAAGGUUGUUGCAGACAUCAAGGAAACCUUUUGUUAUGUAGCAAUGAACUAUGAAGAGGAGAUGGCCAAGACACGUGACUCUAUAGAAAAAGUCUACCAAUUACCUGAUGGGAAGAUGAUCACGCUCCAUGACCAGCUCUUUCGCUGUCCAGAGGCCCUUUUCACUCCUAGUCUCAUGAACCUUAGUUCUCCUGGUAUUGAUAAGAUGUGCUUCAACAGCAUAAUGAAGUGUGAUACAGAUCUGAGGAAUGCCUUCUUCUCCAAUAUUGUUCUUGCUGGGGGAUCAACUUCUUUCCCUGGUUUAGACAAGAGGCUAGUUAAAGAUGUAGCAAAGUUGGUACCUGCCAAUACCCCUGUGCAAGUUAUAGCUCUUCCUGAAAGAAAAAUACUGGUAUGGAUGGGAGGUUCUAUUCUUGCAUCCUUGUCUGCCUUCCAGGACAUGUGGAUCACUGCUGCGGAAUUUAAAGAAGUUGGACCCAAUAUAGUACACCAAAGAUGCUUCUGAAAACAGAAAACAGAUCAGUGGUUAGAAGAAAACGUUUUGAGCAUACGUGACAGAAAACGUUGGAUAUUAUGUUUCUGGGAGAACAAGAAAUAUUUCAAUUACUGGAAAGUUCAUGUCUCAGCUGCAUUUCUAUACUGGG